CGCACUUUUUCCAACCAUUCCUUUGUUCUCCGGCUCUCACACCGUAUGCUUUUGCUGCAACGUUUCAAAUCAAAUUCCCAAUUCUCCAUCAUCAAACUUGGCAAUAUUCACAGAGUCUCCUAUGCAUAUGGGUAAUUGAUUCCAACACACAACUGUUCCUGCUUUUGCAAUCCCAAUAACUUUGUUAUGAACAUAAUCAGAAUCCUUACUAAAUCAACCAUGAAACCCACCUGUAGAAUCUUCCUAUCUCAUCGAAACUCGUUGUUUUUCAAUACUAACUACCAAUCCAACAUCGACCCUCUUCGAGUCUUGGGCUCUCUUCGCGGGAUUCACAAUACCCACAAAGCCUUUCGAUUGCCCGGCUCGGGUUUUGGCCAAUCCAAGGUCAUAACAAGGCCUAAUGAUGGCUUUGGCUCGACACCCAGUAGGGUCGUCUUGGUUCUCUCUCGGGUCGCGUCGUAUUCGACGACGGUAGAGACCCGAGUGAAUGACAAAAGCUUCGAGAGAAUCUACGUUCAAGGUGGUGCUGGUGUGAAUGUGAAGCCGUUGGUGGUGGAGAGAAUUGACAAUGAUGAGAAUAUAAUCGGUGAAGAAGAGUCUAGGAUAGAGGUUAACGGUGAUGGUGUUGGUGGUGGGCAUGCAAAUGUAGGGAACUCGGAAGGUUUGAGUGAAUCCAAGGUGGCAAGGGAGGAGAGUCAGGCCGAGAAGGAGGCGUGGACGUUGCUGAGAGAGGCGGUGGUGAUGUAUUGUGGAACUCCAGUGGGGACGGUGGCGGCCAAUGACCCGGGGGAUAAGCAGCCGUUGAAUUAUGAUCAAGUGUUUAUAAGGGACUUUGUCCCCUCCGCUCUCACCUUCUUGCUGAAGGGAGAGGGAGAGAUUGUGAGGAACUUUCUCCUUCAUACGCUGCAAUUGCAGAGUUGGGAGAAAACAGUGGACUGCUACAGCCCAGGGCAGGGCUUGAUGCCUGCAAGUUUUAAAGUUAGAACUGUGGCUCUCGAUGAAAAUAAGUAUGAAGAAGUUCUAGAUCCUGAUUUUGGUGAAUCAGCAAUUGGUCGUGUUGCACCUGUGGAUUCUGGGUUGUGGUGGAUUAUCCUGUUGAGGGCUUAUGGAAAACUCACUGGUGACUAUGCAUUACAAGAAAGGGUGGAUGUUCAGACGGGCUUAAAAAUGAUACUGAACUUGUGUUUAACUGAUGGAUUUGAUAUGUUUCCUUCUCUGUUAGUCACUGAUGGCUCCUGUAUGAUAGACCGGCGGAUGGGUAUUCAUGGUCACCCUCUCGAGAUCCAAGCCCUAUUUUACUCAGCUCUACGGUGCUCCCGUGAGAUGCUAGCUGUAAAUGAUGGAUCCAACAAUUUGGUGAGGGCCAUCAACAACAGACUCAGCGCACUGUCAUUCCACAUCAGAGAAUAUUAUUGGGUGGAUAUGAAAAAAAUAAAUGAGAUUUACCGAUAUAAAACGGAGGAGUACUCAAUGGAUGCCAUCAACAAGUUCAAUAUCUAUCCUGAACAAAUUCCUUCUUGGCUGAUGGAUUGGAUUCCAGAGAAAGGUGGCUAUAUGAUGGGCAAUCUACAGCCUGCUCACAUGGAUUUUAGGUUUUUCACACUUGGAAAUCUUUGGUCCAUUGUUUCAUCUUUGGGUACUCCAAAACAAAAUACAGCUAUAUUAAAUCUCAUUGAAGCCAAAUGGGAUGAUAUUGUGGGGCAUAUGCCUCUGAAGAUAGGUUACCCUGCCGUAGAAAAUGAGGAGUGGCGUAUAAUCACUGGCAGUGACCCGAAGAAUACCCCAUGGUCAUAUCAUAAUGGCGGAUCCUGGCCAACACUCCUGUGGCAGUUCACGUUGGCUUGCAUCAAGAUGGGCCGAUUAGAACUAGCUCAAAAGGCUGUCGCCUUAGCUGAGAAGAGGCUUCCACUUGAUCGUUGGCCUGAAUAUUAUGAUACUCGGACAGGGAAGUUUAUUGGAAAGCAGGCUCGACUUUACCAAACGUGGACUAUUGCUGGGUUCCUUGCAUCUAAAAUGCUCUUGGAGAAUCCAGAGAUGGCUUCUUUGUUAUUCUGGGAGGAGGAUUAUGAACUUCUUGAGAUCUGUGUUUGUGCGCUUAGCAAGAGCGGUCGGAAGAAAUGCUCCCGCUUUGCGGCAAAGUCUCAAAUACUUGUGUAAUGAGACCUUCAGUUUUUGGGAAGGAGAAAGACAAUGCCUUUGUACUGUACAGCUACAAGUAAAGGGUAGAUCUCUAAACCGUGUAACCUAAAGCAUUGGUUUUAUGAGUCACUUAGCAGUCUCAUUUGUUAUCCGAUCAAUUGAUGUUGUUGAUCGAUUUUAGAGGUUAAAAUGACUAUAUGUUGAGAGUGCCUCCAUUUUAUGGCACCUUGAGGUGGUCAUACUUCAUAUAUGUAAAUUUUUAACAAGUAUAACAUGUUUUCAUAUUUUUUCUCCCAUGACAAUGGCAAUGGGAAAGAUAUAAAAGCAGGAUUCUUUAUAGUAA